GCCCUCAGGCACCGGAAACUGCGAAUUUCCAUGUCAGCAUACGUUCAAAUAUCUUUGCGAAAUAGCUUAUGACUAAGGGCGUAAUAAUUUAAUAAACUAGUUGUUUUAAAUUUGUGUACUAGUUUUAGAUAUAAACACUACAUAUGCAAUAAGUAUAAAUGAUUUAUCUUAAAAAUGUUCUUGUUGUUAGAUAAUGUUGAUGAUUCCAAAUUGGAAACCAAUUACAUUUUUAAACCAUUCAGUGAUAGUUUAUGAACGUAAUCUCAACUUUCAAUAAUGUCAAUUUUGACAUAGGCGUUGACAUUUACAAUCAAAAAACAACAAAGCGAUAUAAAAGCGAUUACACCGGUAGACUGUAGAAUUAAAUAACAUUGUACGCGUUAUAAUUAAUAUUAUGCCUCAAACCUUCCAAGUGUUGCGGUGUUACAAAUGCGAGGUGUUCCAAGUACACCCAACUAAGAAAGCUAACAAAUGGAUUUGUAAGCUAUGUAACGAGAAACAAUCAAUUAAACGGUUUUAUGGUUUGGGCACAGGCAAUGAGUGCAGGUUACAUGUCCAGAAACUGAAUGGGAUCAGAGCUGACAUUGAUGUGACUAGCUGCGAUUCUGAUACCAGUGGCACCAGUAAUAUAACAGAAAGUCCAGAAAAAUCUGGACAGAAUGAACUCACAUACUGUUCAGUUGCCAAGAAAAGUAAAUGGCUGGAUUUUGUAGACACUGAGGAAAAGAAAGAAAUUUCUGAUGAAACAAUGCUCCUAAACAAUACUGAAGUUGUAUUGGAAUUACCAAAAAAGCGACCAAGGAAAUCCUAUACAAGUACUAAAAUACUGAGUAAGCCUAAAACUGAAUGUUUGUCAGAUUAUUCACCACCUUCAUCAUUAUCAAAUGAUGAUAAAAAGUGUAAUGGUGUUACAUCUAUGGAUAAAGCCGAAUCACUUAUUUAUACUUGCACGGCCAAUACAGCCCAUGAUAUAUCAGAAGCUCCGAUAAUUAAUAAUUCAAAAUGGGCAAAAUUUGUAGAGGAUACCCAAAAUUGUAAAGAUGAACACAGUAUACAUCCAAUUACAUAUACUGAUAGUCUUUUUUCUCUCAACCCUGUGGAAGAUGAGGAACUCGAUUCAGUCCUGGAUCUGUAGUUCAAUCAGCUUUA